AUGGCUUCUGAAGAUGAAGAUGACUACAUGAACAUGGUGAUUGAGGAGCCUACUCAAAAGGAGACCUUUACACAAAAAAAGCGUCGCGAGCUACGAGAGGCCGAAGCCCGGGGCCGAGUCCCAUCUAAAGCCGAACGCGCCGCUCAAGAAGCUGCCCGUCGAGAGGAAGCCUUGGCCACAAGCACCCUCAACCCCACCAACAAAGGAUUCCAAAUGAUGGCAAAGCUUGGGUUCAAGCCUGGUGGGGUACUUGGUAAACCUACUGCAGCUAGCGAUUCCGAUACCAAUUCUUUCCUAAAGGCACGCGCUGAACCCCUGAACCUAACCUUGAAAGAAAACCGCGGCGGAAUCGGGCUGGACACGGAGAAAAAGCGCAAGCUCCGGGAGGAAGCAGAAGAAGCAGUGAAGAGACUCAAGCAUGAGGAAGGGAGUUACCGAGAUCGCGUUCGUGAAGAGCGUGAGUUGAAGCGCAUCGAAGCGCAGGUGCACGCUGCGCAAAAGGUUGCAGAGAGGCUGGAUGCAGAAUCGGAGAGUGGGGCUACCGACGACGACAAAGAACAAGGAACAGGCUCCACAGCCCAGUCCAACAAAGAAAGUCGCGACUCUACUGAUCCCAGUCACCCACAUGACGAACCCGACGCCCCGACAAAGAAGAAGCCAAUCAAGCUCACAUCCCACGUCAACGUCCUCUACCGCGGUCUUAUCCGUGAGCGCGAACGGAACGACAGUGAACGUCAGACACGCCAUGCUCUCCAAUCCUCGCUUCCUUCAUCAUUCUUCCCCAAAGCCCGGCUACCAGGAUACGAUGACCCAACUAUGGAUCGGGAAGAUAAAAAGGCCCUUGGCAGUGAAGUGGAUCCGAAUACCUCCACACUGGAGAUAGAGUUGGAAGAAGACGACGAGGAGCUCGAUGCGUUCAAUGCGCUAGAGCCAGCCGAGCGGCUACACAAGCUGGUUCUCUUUCUGCGUGAGAAAUAUCGGUAUUGUUUCUGGUGUAAAUAUGCCUACGAAACGAAUCUUGAGCUGGAAGGGUGUCCUGGCCUGACCGAGGAGGAUCACGAUUGA